AUGGCCUCAGCUGCAACCGAUCUCUUGAGUGGCAAAGUUGUAGGCAUUCUUGAGAGCGAAGCAUCCUCCAUAGUAGGUGUUCGUGAUCAAGUUGAUGAGAUUAAGCAAGAGCUUAUAAGCAUGAAAUCCUUCCUAAAGGAUGCUGAGGGGAAGAAACCGCAGACAGAAGGAGGGGAGACAUGGGUAGCUAGUGUGAGAGAUUUGGCCUAUAAUGUUGAAGAUAUCAUUGAUGAGUUCAUGUACCAAAUGCAUGAGCAGCAGAGUGGGGGUAGAUUUGCAAGCUUGCUCCGCAAAACCAUUUGCUUUCCAAACCAUUGGAACAGAGGUCGAUUUGCAAGGUGGCUCCACAAAACCAUUCACAUUCCAAAUUAUAGGGGGCGAUUUGCAAGCUGCCUCCACAAAGCCCUUCACAUUCCAAAGAAACUUUGGUAUAGGCAUCAAAUUGAGUCUUACCUUUAUAUUAAGGAAGACGAACUUGUGGGGACUGAAGACAAGAAGCAAAUAUUGAUGGGAUGGCUGAUGAACGGAGAGCAACAACAAGCGGUUAUCUCUGUGGUCGGGAUGGGAGGAUCAGGGAAGACAACUCUAGUUGCAAAAAACCUUCACCAAUGA